UCUGUGCAUAUUUGUUCGUGCUGGAUUCUAAACUGUCAGUUUCUCUUUGAACGCGCCCCAAGUCGCUGCUGUUUCCUCUGGAAUAUUUCUGUACUUAAAGUUGCCACGGGAUGAGGACUCUUGGAAGUCUCACCUUGCUUUACGCGGUUGCUAUCUGUCAGGGAUACUUGUCAAAUCAAAACCCUAAACAGUUCUCACAGACAGUACCACAGCUAAACUCUUGGGCCUCCGGAAACUUCAAUGAAGUGCGAGAGCUGGCUAAUCAACUUAAGCAGAAAUUCAACGUUUUAUCCCAGGGAUUGACUGACUUUCGAUACACUUCGUCGUGGAGUGAUUCUAUUUUAGGACUCAGCGGUAGAAGCUCCUCCCAGUUAGACGUUUUAACUUCUAAAAUCAUCGAACAGCUUGUGGCGAAUAUGCAUCAGGGAGUUAUCACCUAUAGUGAAAUAGCACAGCCCAAUUUCUUUGAAGCAAAGGCCGCUGAAUUUCUUGAGCGUUACGCGGCAAGCAAGAGUGAUAGCCAGCCGCAUACAGUGGGCCUGGAACCUUUUCAACCCAUAGACUUGACAGGAUUCGAUGAGGUGAAGAACUAUGCCUAUCCUGCUGAAGUCAAAGUUCUUGAAGGGAAGACCUACGUGGUGCAUCGCAAUUGCACUGAGGCCACAAAGAUAUCAGAAUUCAGUGGCUCGGCGCAACUGAAGCAAAGAUUACUCGACCAUGGGCAGGCAGCUCUUCCUCUCAACAGCACUACGACCACCACCGCCCAAAAGAAGACCAUACAUGACUGGGUAAGGGAGAACAUGGAGCCAAACGUGGUCGGCUACAACUCGGUGGUUCAUGUGGACCGCCAGUUGGUAAACACCGUCUACAACCAAAUGAAGCCCGGAGCCAGCUCGACCGUGUCAAUAUACAGUUUUAAUGAAACAUUGGCCAGGAAUGCGGACGGAACCAGUUCCAUAGGAGGUUCGGAGCCGCAGCAUCGCUGGCAGGACGGAGAGUUGGUAUAUGAUCUGGGCCAGCCUAUUGGUAAGACCACACCCCUGCAUGAUGAGCAAUGGAAACGCGAGGAACGCGAAAGGCUUUUCUGGUAUCUUACUACGCCGCAAAGGCUCGACGACUGGCAGCAGCAGCAGAAAGAGCGUAUGCUUGGUGUCGUAAAGCGCUAUGGGAUAACUCUGUCCGUGCUAAAAGAGUUCCAUCGCCGCGAACUAUCCCGCUACCAGGCUCUUCUGGUUCAGAACAGGCCCCAAAUUGAUGAUAGACGCGGUUGGCAAAGGCAGGAGCUUGGUCGCCUGAACUGGCUGAUCAAACAAAAUGGCUUUACUGCCCAGGACAUGAAGCGCUGGCAGAACGAGAACGACCGCAAGCUUGUCCAGGUGGCCAAACAACACGAUAUCACUCAGAAGGAAUUACGGCAGUGGCAGACGGACGAGCUGCAACGUCUUUACGUCCAUUUUAACCAAAAGAACGCGUCACUGGUGCCUCAAAUGAGCUACACUAUCUUUUCACCCAGCUCAUUUACCGAGGAGAACACAAAAGAGCAACAGCGUAUGGUUGAGCUGAUUCGUCAGCACAAUACCACAAUCACCGCUCUACAAAACUCAAUUAAAACCGAUCAACAGCGACUGAAGAAUCUUUCAAUAAGGUACCAGGGUGAUAUACAAAACCAGACGCAGUGGCUUCGCAGUGAGGUGGCCCGAAUCGGAGAACUAAUAAAGAACCAAAGCGAGCAGGUUUCUAAGAUCACUGCAUGGCAAAUCUCCGAGCGCUCUCGCCUUAAAAAUAUCCUGAUACAACACCGCGGUUCUAUUGAAGAACUGCAGCAACGAAUGAACCAAGAUCGGAACUACCUGCAAAAUCUGGCCAUUAAGUACCAAGUGACCGUUGAAGAGCUGGAGAAAUGGCAGCACGAAGAGUUGCAGCGUCUUCAAGUGCGCGGGCAGCAACAGCUGGAGGACCACAUCAAGGACUGGCAGGCCAGCGUAAGCACCAACCUGCGCGACAUUGUUGCUAGAAAUCAGUUCACCCUAGAGGAGUUCCAAAAUUACAUCAUUAACGACCGCAGUCGCUUGGAGGACAUGGCUCGCAUGUAUAAAGUGAAUUUGGAGGAGAUCGAGCAAUGGAUAAAGAACGAACUAAAGAAGUUGCAUUCAGAAGGCUUGCUCAAAGAUAUGGAAAAUGAGUUGAUUCAGUGGCAGUUGGCGGAGCGCAAUCGUCUUGAGGCCUUGGUCCAGCACAGCACGCUGACCGUGGAUCAGUUGGAGACAAAAAUAAAAAAUGACCAAGAGCACUUCUUUCAGUUGGCCGACAAGUAUAAAAUCAGUGUAGACGAGAUUCAAGACUGGCUAAAAAAGGAGCUGACCCGCUUGAAAAGCGAAGGCCUGGUCAAGGCGAAUACGUUAAAAGACUGGCAACAAAAUGAGCGCGCAAAAAUCUUGAUGCUCGUGGAGAAGAAUAAAUACUCGCUCUCCGAGCUUGAGCGCAAAGUAUUGACAGAUCAUGCACGUCUCCAAGAGCUUUCGAAAACUUAUAAAGUAAAGGUUUUUGAGAUUGAGGAAUGGAUUAAGUCCGAGGUUGCUCGACUACAACACGAGGGGCAACUGAGAGUGGAGUCUCAGCUCAACAACUGGCAGAAAAUUGAGCGCCAGCGCCUACUAAACCUUAUCAAUAAGAAUAAUCUUUCAAUCGAUGAAAUCGAGUUAAAAAUUGGCAGGGACCAGACUCACCUCUAUAGCUUGGCACAACAGCAUCAGGUACACGUCGAGGAGAUCGAGCAAUGGAUCAAAAAGCAGAUUCAAAAGUUACAGGACCAGGGCCUGAUUGAGAUGCAGAAACUACAGGAUUGGCAGGUGGAGUGGCGCGGUAAUCUUUCUAACAUGGUGCAGGACCGCGACUACACGGUCGAGGAAUUCCACAAGUGGUUGCUCAAAGACCGAGCCCAAUUACAGAGUUUGGCUAUGCAACACAACGUGCAGAUUGAGGAAAUUGAGCAGUUCGUUCAAAAGGAAGAGCAGCGCUUUAUCGAAAUGGGUCUAUUAAAACCGAGUGAAAAGCUGACUAAUUGGCAGGAGGUAGAACGCUUACAUCUGAAGAAUCUAGCCCAGCAGCAGUACAAGUCUACAGAGCAGUUAGAGGCCUGUCUGCAACAGGAUCGAGAACUUCUUAAAGGCCUGGCCCGCCAGUAUAGCGUCCAAGUGGAGGAAAUCGAAAGGUGGAUGAAGCAAGAGAUAUCUCGCAUGCGGGACGAGGGCCAGCUUCAAGUCGACAACCUUACCUCUUGGCAGCUGGCGGAGCGCGAGCGUUUGGAGGCCCUCAUCAAGCAGAACAAACAGUUGAGCGCCGAGGAGCUUAAAGCCGAGCUGGAAAAGGAUCGUCAACACAUGCACACUAUGGCUUUCCAGUACCACACAUCAGUCGAGGAAAUUGAAAAGUGGGUUCAAAACGAAAUUGAAAGACUGGAACAGCAAGGAAAACUCAACAUCGAAGAACGUACUGCCUGGCAGCGUACCGAGCAGCAGCGAAUCCUUUCGAUACUCCAGCAGCAUUCUAACAUCACCUUGGAGCAGUUCCAAGACAAGGUACAAAACGAUCGUCGUUUCCUUAUGAGGCUUGCGGAACAGCACCAUGUUCACGUUGAAGAAGUGGACAACUAUGUUAAGCAGGUGAUCGAGGACCUACGAAAAAACGGUCAGUUUGACAUCGAACAUCUUCAAACAUGGCAGAGAGUGGAAAGAGACUAUAUUAAGAGUCUGAUUGCAGAGUACAGGAAUGGGCUGACUACUUCUGAGUACAAAGAAAAACUGUUAGCAGACCGAGCCCAUUUAAAUCACCUCGCUGACCAAUACCGCCUGAACGUUGAGCAGAUCGAGGAGUGGAUGGUUGAGGAACUAAAACGACUGCGGGGCAGUACGGAUGAAUCUUUUAAAAGCCUUAGUGCAUGGCAGACUUCCGAAUUGGAGCGCUUGCAGAAUUUAGUUAAACAGCAGAAUCAUCUUACCUUUGUGGAGUUCGAGGUGGAGCUAAACCAGGAAAGGGAGCGUUUGCAAAAGUUGGCAAACCAGUAUUCCGUCAACAUCGUAGAUAUCGAGAAGUGGCUUCGUCAGCAGCUGAUUAACCUGCGAACUACGGGUCAGGCAAAAGUAGACAAUAUGAGCAAGUGGCAGGUGGAUGAGCAACAGCGCCUAAUAGAACUACUGCUUAAGAAGCAGCAAGAGAUACCUUAUGAGCAGGUGGAGCAAGAGCUGUUUCAGGACCACGACCGUCUGCAGAGCCUUUCGCAGACUCAUCGCGUAAGCAUCGACCAGGUUGAUCAGUGGUUGAGAGAAGAACUAGUGCGCCUGCAAAAUUCUGGUCUCAUACAAUUUGAGAAACAAACACAAUGGCAAGAGAAGAUCAGCGACGGUUUUAACCGCUGGUUGCAGAAGCAGCGCAAUGGGACUAGCUACCAGGAUUUUGUGGACUUCCUCAAGCGAGACAAGCAGCGCAUGGACGGCAUCGCGAUCGAGUACCACGUGACAGUGGAGCAAGUGAAGAAAUGGGUUGAAAAAGAAGCAGCUCGACUUUCCUUGAUAGGAGUAAUUGAACGUCCGCAACAUAACGUGAAGUAUGAGGAUAUAGCCAAAAUAUUAGUUGAAAACCAGUCUGCUUCAUGGAAAAACGAUUUGUUGACACGUCUUCGAAGUGUGACCAGCCAGCGUCCUUCCUCUCGGCAAGAGUUUGACAGUUACCUGAUCCGCAACAAGGCAAUCUUCGAACAGAUCGUACGUGAAUACCAUGUGAAUAUCGAAGACAUUCACUUGUGGCUGAACCAGAACGCUAAGAUCGCGGCCCUUUUCAACUCUGAGUGGCAAACCAUGGAACGCUUUCACAUCGACAAUUUGAUAAAUCAGCAACAGCGCAAACAGCAGAGGUGGUCCAUCCAGGAGCUGGAGCUUCGACUGAGCAACGAUCACAAGCACGUGAAGGACAUAGUCGCCCAGUAUCAUGUGACUGUGGAAGAGUUAAUGAUAUGGUACAAGAACGAGCUUAGGCGACUCUUAGAGCAGCGGAGAAUCGACCGCGGCUCAGACCUCUCCUGGCAUACCGAAGAUUUGGAUAUUAGACGAAAGGCUGACAACUGGCAUGAACAAGAGCAAAAGCGUCUGCUCGAAGUUGCCGCCGGCAUAAUCAUCACAGAGAAGGAGCUUCUUGAUUUUAUCUCACAAGACACAAGCUUCCAAGUUCAAUUGGCCAAGCUCUAUCAAGUGAGUCUGGAUCAGUUGGCACCAUUCCAACGCAUAUAUAUCGGCAACAUGGCGCGCAAGAACUUACUGGAGCAGCGCCGGCUUAACCAUUUGGCCUCUUGGCAGCAACGUGAGCGCGAUCGCCUGUAUGAAUUAGUAGGUAAGCUAAACAUGACGCAGUUGGAUCUUAGAAAUUGGCAGAGCCAGGACACCCACUUGAUAGAAGAAUUUACCCAGAGGUAUGAAAUCACGGCGCAACAGCUCAAGGAUUGGCAAAACCAAGAAAUCGUGCGCAUUAACCAGUUGGCAAGUUACUACGGUAUGUCUCAGAGCGAUCUGAAACAGUUCCGGGAGGGAGAGCUUCGCCAACUGGCCUAUGUCAACCAUCAAAAACUACUGCCUACUGCCGAAUUAAAAAAGUGGGAAGAGCACUACCACUGGUCCUUAAGCCGCCUGCAAAGGCGAUAUGCCAAGUUUGGCGACGAAUUAGUCGCUUGGCGCCGCGUUCUCUUUCUGCGUAGCCAGGGGCUUAUUGACCUGCCUAAAAAUGGUGGAGUUGGUGGAUACUUGGUGGAUUCAGGAAGCUCCAACGCAACGGCUAUAUACCAGCCAAUUUUUUCAAAAGAUAGAGGAGACCAACCACCUCACGCAUACGAGGACUCCUUUCUUGAAGAGGACGAACCGGGCCUGGAAGGCGAGACGACCCGUUCUCUAACUAUAAAUUCCACCCCCAGUCUUCCUACCACCACUCCUCUUGCUCCAUACAGCCGGGGUGCACCGGUUGGAGAGUACGAAUACCAUCGUGAAGACUCCACCUUAAGCGUGGACUCGGCCUCGGCUAGCGGCGAACCCACUGGAUCUUCAGCUGAUCCCAUAGGUAAGUUGAAUGAGCCCUAUAAAAAGGAAACAAAUUUUGAGGGACAGCACAACGUGGGACACCAGCAGUUGGAACAGCUUAGAUGGAAUAAGAGGCUUAAUGAUCUUCGUAAGCAGAAUCAGGCUGAGAAUCAUCAGUCGGAUGGUCUUGGUCGCCAGCAGGUUUAUCUCGAAAGUGGCUCAACCUUUGACCAAAAGGAGGGUUACAACAGCAGAAGACAGCACCAACAGUUACCAUUAAAAGUAGAAGAAGAAACGACCACAGAGCCUUCUUUUUGGGAAAAACUCAAAGAAAAGCUCGGAUGAAAAAAAAACUAUAAGCUGCCAUUUAUGGUCUUUGCAUUAUCCGAGUCUUUAAGCUACUUCUUAUACCAAUGUUAUUUUCUACAAGUAUAUUUUUCAUAUCUGAGUUAAAUAAAUACAUUUUCUGUGCAGCAAAAA